CUGGCGUCCUCGCGGUCUCCUGCGUUCCAGCGAUCCACGAAGAACGCCAUUCCGGUACACCGGAGAAGGAGAGACCACACCAAGCAGAAGCGACUCACGUAGUACAGCAGGCGGAUGGACAGCGAGUGGGAUUCAUCCGGCGAGGACCAGUCGACCCUCGAAGUGUCGACCCUGACCGGUUCUUCGGACAGUGACGAAGGUGAAGAGGAUUGCAACGUCACACUCGCAGCCGUUGUGUGCUGCGUCCUGGCUUUCAUCAUCGCCAUAGCCAUCGCGCUACUACUAUUCGGAGACCUGGAGCUCUUCGACGAUUCUGACUCAGGUGGAGAUGGUGACGACGAUGACGUAGAAAAUCCGGUGAAAUACCCGCCCGUUGCCCGCUCCCCGCCACGGACAGUAAUUACUAAUCGCCCCACAACGAAAGCGCCACCAUCGCCACCGGUGACCGGUCGCCCUAGACUCACUAGGUCCCCGCCUAGAACGCCAAGACCGAUAACAACGAGGCCGUCUCCUAUUAUACGUACUAAGCCUACUACUACACCCGUCACCACAACUACGCUGGAAAAAGCGACUCCCAGACGUCCGCCACUUCCGCCACGUAAACGCCCUCCGCCACCUCCUCCUCCGCCUGUUCCGACAUCUAAACACCCUCCACCACCCUCUCCUCCUCCAGCACCUGAACGUCCUCCGCUUAUUCCGACAUCUAAACGCCCUCUGCCACCACCUCCUCCGCCACCUAAACGCCCUUCACGGCCUCCUUCUCCGGCUCCUCCGACAGCUAGACGACCUCCACCGCCUCCUUCUCCGCCUCUUCCACCUCCUGCGGCAACUAAACGCCGUCCACCACCUCCUCCGACAAGUAAACGCCCUCCACCACCUCCUCCUGCGCCUCCUCCUCCAACUAAACGCCCUCCACCACCUCCUGCCACAACUAAACGCCCUCCGCCACCUCCUCCUCUGCCUCCUGCGACAACUAAACGCCGUCCACCACUUCCUCGUCCGCCUCCACCGCCUCCUCCGACAACUAAACGCCCUCUGCCACUUCCUCCUCCGACUCCUGCGACAACUAAACGCCGUCCACCACCGCCUCCUCCGCCUUCGACAACUAAACGCCCUCGGCCACCUCCUCCUCCGCCUCCUACGACAACUAAACGCCCUCGGCCACCUCCUCCUCCGCGUCCUACGACAACUAAACGCCCUCGGCCACCUCCUCCUCCGCCUCCUACGACAACUAAACGCCCUCGGCCACCUCCUCUUCCGCGUCCUACGACAACUAAACGCCGUCCAGCACCUCCUCCGACAACUACACGCCCUCCGCCACUUCCUCCUCCACCUCCACCGACAACUAAACGCCCUCCGCCACCUCCCCCUCCGCCUCCUCCGACUACUAAACGCCGUCCACCACCUCCUCCGGCAACUAAACGCCGUCCACCACCACCUCCUCCACCUCCUCCGGCAACUAAACGCCGUCCACCACCGCCUCCUCCACCUCCUCCGACAACUAAACGCCUGCCACCACCUCCUCCACCUGUUCCGACAACUAAACGCCCUCCGCCACCUUCUCCGACAACUAAACGCCGUCCACCACAUCCUCCGCCGCCUCCUCCGCCUCCCCCGACAACUAAACGCCCUCCACCACCUCCUCCUCCGCCUCCUCCGACAACUAAACGUCGUCCACCACCGCCUCCUCCGCCUGCACGGACAACUAGACGUCCUCCACCACCUCCUCCUCCGCCUCCUCCGACAACUAAACGUCGUCCACCACCGCCUCCUCCGCCUGCACGGACAACUAGACGUCCUCCACCACCUCCUCCUCCGCCUCCUCCGACCACUAAACGCCGUCCACCACCUCCGCCGGCAACUAAACGCCCUCCACCACCUCCUCCUCCGCCUCCUCCGACAACUAAACGUCGUCCACCACCGCCUCCUCCGCCUGCACGGACAACUAGACGUCCUCCACCACCUCCUCCUCCGCCUCCUCCGACAACUAAACGUCGUCCACCACCGCCUCCUCCGCCUGCACGGACAACUAGACGUCCUCCACCACCUCCUCCUCCGCCUCCUCCGACAACUAAACGUCGUCCACCACCGCCUCCUCCGCCUGCACGGACAACUAGACGUCCUCCACCACCUCCUCCUCCGCCUCCUCCGACCACUAAACGCCGUCCACCACCUCCGCCGGCAACUAAACGCCGUCCACCACCGCCUCCACCACCUCCUCCGACAACUAAACGCCCUCCACCACCUCCUCCUCCGCCUCCUCCGGCAACUAAACGUCCUCCACCCCCUCCUCCUCCUCCGCCAACUCGGCCUACUCGGCCACCUCCGCCAGUUCGGCCUACUCCGCCACCUCCUCUCACACAGUCAUCCAUAAAACCUAUCUCGCUUCUGUGCACCUUCGGUAAAAAGACAGGCGGCAGCACCGUCUAUCCACCGGAUGGUUUGUGCGACUACAUCUUCUACGACUCGAUGUACAAGAACAAUCGCAACCCGCUUGUCGGAGGACAGUGGGACUACGACGUAUUCUCCAUCCUCUCGAGAGCGCAGAAAGCCGACCGCACCAAGUCGCAGUAUGGUGCGGGUUUCGCCUUCCAACAUCGCGACAAACUCAUCAGCCAACUGACCAAAACGUCCCUGGAAGCUUUCUGGCAACACAACUUGUUUCACUUCGGCAUCAUCGACUGUCCCAUGCACGGCGUCACCAAGGCCGAUAUGGACGAAGUGUUCGUGGCACUCAAGAAGCUCGAAGACGUCGCCAAGAUAGCGAGAACUUCUGGAAACGCCUCGUACGUCAUCCUGGGCGCGCUGUCCGCCACUAGCCAGUGGACCGAGUACUUCAAAGACAAGUUCAAGAAUACCUUCAAGCCGGACCUGUUCAUCUCGCUCGGCCACCAGCUGCGGGGCGAUCCGGAGAAGAGCCGGUGCAUCGCCACGCCACCAGCCAUACUGCAGAAGCCAACGGGGUUUCCAGACGAACACGACUUGCACGACGCUGCGCGAGCCCUGGCGGCCGUUGCUUCGCAAGCCGGCGGCCCACGGAUCUCCAUCUCCGUCUCGAUGAAGGGUCGCUGGUCCACGCUGAAGCCGAAGGUCAAGGCCGAGGUCUUCGCGCCCUGCGUCACGAGCAAACAGGGGCCCUUCUAUGGCAGCUACAAAGACGUGUGCGACACGCCGCCCUUCUCGAACAACCUGUUGCACGACGGGAAGCGGUACGCCAUGCACACCUACGACAAGGCGUCGCGGCGCAUGUUCGUGUACGACAACGAGGAGACUCUGUGCAAGAAGAUCUGCCUCGUCAAGGCCAACUACACCAAGGUGGAAUUCGGCGUGGCGAUCUACGACCUGGACUACGAAGACACCGACGACACCUGCUCGUCGCUCAACACUAAGGGAGCCUAUAGCCGCACCAAGGCUGUGAGCACUGUGCAGAGGUAUUUGGCCAGCCAGUUCACCGAUCCGUCUAAGGAGGCCGAGUGUUCCAAGCUGUGGCGAUAAUAAGGUUGAGACCGUGACUUCACUAUUUACUGACCGACACUCGCAUGCCGGUUAUUGAAUAGCUUAGUCAUCUUGGCCGGGGUUAUUUGAACGACGCAGCGGCGAAUCGAACUGCUUCCGAUGCGAUUGACAUUCGCAAAUUUAAGCUCCAAGAGCCGGCUCCUGGAGGCGUUUGCUUGUUUUCGUAUGGCGACGAUGUCUCGGGAACUUGUAUGCAUUUAUGUGUAGCUUUUCCUUCUCUUUCUUUUUUUCAUUUUCCAGUGUGUUCUGUGAAACGAUCCUAACAGUAAAGGGCGUGUUUUCAGUGUGGUCCCAUCA